AUGAAUGAACGUUCAGGUUCGCCAGAGAUCGAUGUGGUCGGUAGUGGAGAUCAUUCGGAAAUGUUUAACUCAAGAAGUGGUAGAUUGUAUCUGGAGUCGACAAACUGGGCUCACAGAAGAAACCCUUCGCGUUCGGCGAAUGAAAAUGGCGCGAAUCGCCUCGCGGCAAAUACAAACAAUGAAAGAAAUCAAUCGGAAACCGUGAACCUUCGAGUUCGAAACAUGGGAUUUAUUACAGUGAAAAAAGAACCCGAAUCAGAGGAUGACAACGAAGGUGGUUAUUCUCUUAGCUCCUUGCUUGAAGAAUGUGAUUUUGACAAAACCUCGCGUCGAAGGGCUCUGAAAUCGCCUACAUCACUUGCCUUGUCUAAACCGAAGCCUAUGGAAUCCGCCAAACCAGCACCGUCUUCGCAAGGACGACCAAGGCAAAGCUUGGAAAAUGUCAUAAGUUCGUUAAAAUCUGCAAGAGCCAUGAGUGAUAACAAACCCGCUCCAAUUAGCAGGCCAGUUGUGAUGCGUCCUCAAAUUGUCUCUGCCCCAACUCCUGUGUUUUCCUCCCCAGGAACAAAUGGACCCCAGAUUGUUGAUGUUCGAUCCCUUGCAUCAGUGGCAAGACCACCUAUCAAACAACCUGUACCAAUCAGGGGUAUGCUCCCAGCCCAAUAUCAAAUAUCUAUGGGUUCAGCUCUCAAUGCAGGGCAUCCAAGGAGAUGUGCAGCAAAUUCAGCUACCAGUGUGCCUAAUUCUAACACACCAGUUUCUACUACAGCACAAACAACAGUUAUUCCAAGUACAAAACCAGUAAAUAUUCGAUUUGUUUUGCCUGCCAAUGUGCCUUUCAGUACGGAACAAUUUCAACAAGUUCUCCAGGCUACUCUAGCGUCAGUUGCUAGCAGUACAAAGGUGAUAGAACCAAAUCAGUUGCAGCAAGCAAUACAGGCAGCACUGACCUCUGUCACCAAAUCUACUGUUGCUUUUAAUCCAGAACAACUUCAAGAAGCCAUUAAAAGUUCUUUAGCUGCUGCUGGAACAGAUUCAGCACCCAUCUCCCAAGUUAAGAUGGCAACUUUAUCUCCAACUGCUGUUUAUUUGCCAAGAGGUACACAGAGGCAACCACAAACAAUAGCACCAAAACCGCCACCAUUACCGCAAAAGCCGACUGUUAUGCGUGUUGAGACAAGCUAUGGUAGCAAUGAUCCCCCCUCUGUAGUUAGUGUGCCACCUGCUUCAGUAGCCUCUGCGGUAGCAGUGACACAGGCUACUAACAAUUCUCUCCCAGUGGAACGUAAUCUUAGCGAUAAUCAGUCAAGUUCAGAAAGUAUUAGUAUGUCCACUAAUUUGAGCUCAGCAAGAGAUGCACUUAUCAAGGCUCUUCAGAAAAAUCGAGUUUUAAACAGUCCAGCCUCAUGCACCAUUUCUCCUCCUAGUGCAAGUCUUGCAUCAUCUGCAGUCACAUCUGCUAGUGCUGAGACAGAGUCAUUUGAUUUCGACUCGUAUUCGCCCCCAUCAUCUCCUGUACCACCAGUGUCUGUUUCUUCUACGGAUGAGACUGGUCAGGCAAUAUCAUGUUCUAAUAGCAGCCUUACUGGAUCUACACCUCUAACAACAUCAGUAGCUACACCUCUAACAACAACAGUUGCUACACCUCUAACAACAACAGUUGCUACACCUCUAACAACAACAGUUGCUACACCUCUAACAACAACAGUUGCUACACCCUUAACAACAACAGUUGCUAACAGCAGCAAUACAGAUGCUCUUGAUUCACAAAAGGUGUCUACAUUGCCACAGGGAAACCAAUUGAAUACUUCCACAAGUUUCAGUGGAAGAGCUCCAGAGCUAUCAAACAGACACGACUCCAUUACCCCUAUGAAUGUAAAUCCUACUGCAAAGAUUGCAACAUCUUCAAAGGCAGAGAAUGUUAAUGGUCCCAAUCCCCUGCUGGUACCCUCUGCAGCCCCCAUGGCAGCUUUGAAUACCACAUCAGUAAAUUUGCAGAUUUCUCUACCAGUCAAUAUAACACCUGAGCCUGUGAGCAUUAGCAAUGUCAAAAAGCCUACAGGGAAAGGAAACAAGCCUGCCCCUACAGGUUGCGGAUGUUGCUCAAACUGCAAAAAUAUGCCUGUACCAGAUAAAGAUACCUAUGACUGCAACCAUAAAGGAUGUGGCGCUGAGUACACUACUCUACGAGGACUCAGAACGCACCACUAUUACCACCCCACUCACAAACCACUGUUUCCUGUUGAAAAAGCAGCCAAUUCAGUGGAAUAUUUUCUACCCUCUGAACUUGCCAACUCUCACCGCAGUGCGAGACUGCGUGAACUUUUAAAGCAUCUCACCAAUGAAGAAUUAAAAGAAAUUUUCUUACCUCGUGUUGCCAAGACAUUUUCACUUUUUGAGUUAUUAGAAAUGAAGUCUGUUCGUGCUAAUACCGCUCGUGGUCAAGUAUCUGUAUCUGCUUUUAAAAUGUAUAGCGAGUUUGAACGUUUCAGAAAAGAGGUAGAGAAUAGGUUAAUGGAGCUGAUUAUGUUGCCUCAGGGAAAAGGGGGCUUUGUGACUGAAAAGAAGAAAGAAGCUCGCAAGGAUGCACCUGCAGUUAACACAGCUAAAAGUGAUACCAAACCAGAAAGCUCUCCCAAACAACCACCGACAGUUUCUGAUUCAAGUUCAAGCAAUUCCUCUGUUACAAAGAAGAAAGCAGAAACAAUUGUCAUUGAUGAUACAGAAGGCAAACAGAGCACUGUUGCUGCCACGACUGAAUCACUGAAGAAUGGUACAUCAGCUGUUAAACCUUGUCCAAGUCAAGAUAUUUGUAGUGGCAUAUCCCCUAAUGUUUGUGAAGGGGAGAAGACUACCAAGGGCCCAACUUCUGUAGAGAAGAAAUCGGAUGCUUCAGCUAGUGAAUCUGGUGAAAAGAAGCUUGCUGACAAGGAGUCAAAGCAAUCAGAUACAUUGGCACAAUCUGCUAAGGAAGGAAGUGAAGCAGUGAACAGUGCUAAGCCAUCAGAUGAAAAAUCAAGCAAUCAGCAGUUAGAGUCAGAACAGGUGACCCAAACCAAAAGUAGUGUUACUGUUACCAAGGACUCUACAUCAGAACCAAUGGAAACUGAUGAGCUUCAGAGAAAAGAAGUUAGCACUGCAGAAAAAGAAAAGCAGAAAUCUCCUUCGACAGAUGUUAUAAUGGUGGAUGCAGAGGAAAAAAUAGAACCUGUGAACAAAGAAAGUGAUUUGCUUUUAACAGGAAAAGGAAAGGAAACAACCUCACAAGACACUGCUGAUGGCAAGGUUGGCAGUAAGACUCCAGUGCUUAAUGCAGAUGAAAAUAAAUUGAAGGUCUCAACAGAAAAUGAAAAGCAGUCUGCAGUCUCUAGUGGAGAGGAAAAGUCACAGGGAGUAAGUGAAAAACAAAUAAUUUGUGUUGAAGAAGAGCAUAAAGGAGGGACUAAAGCAGUGGGGAAACAAUCUGUGGUAGCUGAGAAGGAAAAAAGUAUGCAAGCUGAAAAUGACAGAGCUGUAAACACUGUUAAAGAUCUUGGCAAUAACUCAAACUCAGGCAGUAAUCUGUGCAAAACUAGAGAUGUCACAGUAGUAGAAAGUACUGAAAAAAAUAUGGCUGGCAGUGGAAACAAAAAGGCACCACAAGUUUCCCUGACAACAGAUAAAGAUUCAAAAGACCAUUCUGUCAAAGAAAAAGUAGUUGAAGAGGGAUGUAAAGAGAUUGAUAGUGGAGGAAAGGAGACUAGCAAGGUUUCAAAAUCAAAUGAGGAAAGUAAUGAAUCAAAUGAACAGUCCACUUCACAGAUGCAAUCUCAGGAACCCAGCGAGAAAGGCAUUGAGGAAGAGAAACAAGGUUCAUCUUGUACAGUACCUUCCAAUGCUGAUUUGACUGGUAGCAGCAGUUCAGACACUCAAACGGAAGCAAGUGAAACACCAUUGCGUAGUGAACUAAAAAGAAGGCUUAUCGCGUACUCUAUUGACGAGGAUGAAGGAAUUAAUGAAAACAACCUUUGGGAGUUUGGUCUUCCAUUUGCAGUAAAAUGGGGUAAAGUUAUCAAAAAAAUCGAGACAGUGGAAGCCAGGAAAAUAGCAAGGAGGGAAAAUUAUACAGAUCAAGACAUGAGACAGUUCAUUUAUAGUAAACCAAAGGAUGCAGCAAAUGUUGUUGUAAGUGCUGAUUGCCAUGCUCAUCCAAGUUUCUACAGAGCGUAUGUGAUGCCAGCUUUGCUAGACAAGCAUAUUGACGAUUUUGGCCUGUUUGGAAGGAAAAUCCUAAGCGGACUGAACUUGUCAAGGAAAAAAUAUGUGGAUGUUCUUAGAUCCAGCAUUGGCCCUGAAUUAGCAAAGAUUGUUGGAAUAAACAUUUUCCCAACUUUUAAAAGAAUUAUGGAUACAUGGGAGAUGGUGAAGGAUUUGCCACCUGGAGGAACUGUGAAAACACCGCUGGUGCUGAUCCCUAGACCUGAGGAUGGUCGAGAUGUUCCUGAUGAUGAGGAUGAACCAGCGCCUACCACUACCGCGGUUUGUCGCACAGCAACCAAUGUGCAGAAUUCUGUGCCCAGAGUGAAUGACACCUUCAAGAGACUAGGUCCACCUGGAAAUGAGCUUAAUGGUAACAACAAGAGACCAAGACUGGAUACCUCAGGUACUAAAAAAUUAAUCUCAAUAGUGAUAAAAAUCAGUUUUCUCCUUACAAUACCAAUCCCUUAUCCAGAGAAAAGGUUAUGAGAAUUUAUAAAAUGAUCACCUAGGGGGAAAUGCUUUGAUCUGUUUUUAGAUUUUCAGAAGAUUAGUCUGGCAAAUUUGUAUGUGGAUGUCGGGGGUGGGUGGGGUGGGGGGGGAGGGUUGUUUAAAGGGUUAAAACUGUAUUUUUUUUACUGUCAAGACACAGGUAGAGCUAAUUUGGGGUGUGUAGGAUAAGUUCCUUGGCAACUUGAUGUAACGUCCAAUUUUUUUUAUAUUCUGACAUUUGAUUAUUAUUUCUAAAUUCUGAUUUACAUGGAAUUUUCAAUACAGUAGAUGCCCCAAAAGAUACCACUGAGACAAGCAAAGCUCAGAAUGACUCUUCUGCGAGAAUUGUACCUCAGCCUAACGUCACUGAGAAGGGGCAGAAGCCUGACAGCUCAGAUAGUACAAGUACAGGGAAGGAACAGCAGUCAGACAGUAAAAACCAGCCAGCUGAAUCAAACAAGGGUCAAAAUGGACAGUCAGCAUCUGAAAAACCAGCAACAGAGAAAGGUAUGUGAAGCAGUUUGCAUGUAUGGUACAUACAUAAUAGUCAGCCCACAUGAAAGCUGACAUUCCAGACAUCCAGGGUUGUCAGAAAGCUUUGAAAGAGAUGGCUGAGUUGUCAAACUAAGCGGCCAGUCCAGGGAUAUUAAUUUUUACUUAAAAAACGCUAUCUGUAAAUAAAUGCCAAGUAGAGUAGCCGGCUGAUAACUAACCAAGUAGGCUGCGAUUUUCGUCAGCAGCCGGCUACUUUUGACAACCCUGGACAUCAUGAACGCCUUUGUUUUAACUCCUGCUGUAUGAAGUUUUCAAGUCACAGCAUGGAAAGAGAGAAAAUGUGACCCUUCAUGCGAAAAGGGGGCUUAUGGAUUUUACUAAAAACCGUGAAUUUUUUUCACGGUCACGGUGCGUGAAUUAGAGUUUUCACGGCGUGAAUUUCAAAUUCCACGCCCGUUCACUCCAUGCGAGAAUUUUUCACUCUUGGCGUGAAACUAAUCAUGUUGCGACAGAUCAGCGAAGACUUUCACGCCGUGAUUAUUUAACCGGUAUAAACUUUCACGCCGUGAAAUUAAGAGUGAACACAUUUUCACGCCGUGAAACAUGUCGAGGGUGAAUGAAAUCUAACCUGUUUUUUUUCGUUUUGUGUUUUUUCUCGCCCCUUUUCGAACUGGAAAAAAACAAGAAUACCUGGUCACGUCAAGCUAAAUUUGUGGAAGUUGAUCCCACGCAAAAAAUAAUAUUUCUCUCUGCAUAUUCAAGCCGUUUUAAAUAGCUCAUGAAAAAAAUUAAAAAAAAAACGUAUUCAGACUAUUCCGCGUUCAGGCCUGUAAAGCCACAAAUCACAAUCAAACUAGUCACAAUUUCUUGUCGAUAUUUUUGUGUGUUCAUGGCAAGUAUUUUAUUAGAUAUGCACGAUCGUAACUGCUUGUGUUUCAUGUCAAUUUGUUUACAUUGUCUGUAACUGCAACAGUCGGUGACUUUUGGCUCUUUUUUUUCUUCUCCGCAACGUGCAAAUUUUCCCAAUGUCGAUGUCAGAGACGCCUAGUUAUUUACUAAACAUGGCAAGGUUUUCACUCAAGAAACCUAACAAAAUUCUUUGCGGAAAGACUAACUAUUACUGCCAUUCCUAAAACCGGGAUAAUUGUCGUCUAUGUCGACGCGCAUUGCAGUGAAGUGCCUGAUCUUAUCUACAGUUUUGUAGCCCCAUCACACGUGCAAACUCUACUUGAUUUAUCAUGCUCCAUUUCAAGUUCCUUGUCUCUUUGCUAAAUGUUAUACUCAAAAUUUCGCCGUUACAACGAUGACCAACGAUCUGAACAGAAGGAAUGAAAUAAAUCCAAAAGAUAUCACGCAAUAUCAAAACAUGCGUUACAUAUUUCAUCUUGUCGCCACGGAGUCUAGCAUUUGCAUAACUUCGUGGAAGAGAUAAAAGCUUCUUUUGGUUGUAAAUUUAGAGAAUCUUCGGUGACUCACUUUUUAAGCGAUUUCAUCUGUUUUGCCGAAAAUCAAAAAUCAAAAAGUACUGACCAGUACAUGUUACAUUCAUGUGGGCAAAUAAAUGCUUGCAUGACAUGUAAACAAACAAUGUUACAUUUCAUUUUGACUGUUGGAAGAUUUUCACGGCGUGAAAUUAAAUUUCACGGUGACUGAAAUUUUUCACGGCAUGAAAUAUUUUCACGGCGAUUAUAAACUUUUUCACUGCGUGAAAUUUUCACGGUAGCCGUGAAUUUUUCACGGCGUGUUCACGGCGUGAAAGAGAAAUUUCACUCACAUUCCAAAAAUUUUUCUUACUUUCACGGCCUGGAUCGUGAAAAUAGGCAUAGCGUGAAAUUUAGAUAAGCCCCCAAGUCGCGUGAAGGGUCACAAAUAUCAACUUUCGGUUGCUAUUUUUCAAUGUUGGGGAUGUCAAUGUUCUCAUUGCUUGAAGGUCCCUGGUAAUAAUUAUUAUUGUGGGCUCCUCUUGUUGCCUGCGAUCCUAAUCUCCAAGUUGUUCUUUCAUGUGUGGCUAGCAUUGAUUUGGACUUCCACUAAGAAUGAAUGGUAUGCAAAGCACAUCGCUGGAGCAAGAGCUUUUGCUUUGAUCUCACCCACACUCCCUAACCUUUGGUUAUUACACGUACUAGCAUACCUUUGAUGUUGUACAUUCAGUCUAAUUAAUAAUGGCAAUAGGACUGAGUGGAGUCCAAUUAUUCAGUGUGUAAUCAUACGAGUGAUUCACAAAAUCAGACGACCGCAUAGCUGGAGUCUGAUUUGUUUAAUCGCGAGUAUGAUUACAGACCGAAUUGGAUGACACGAAGUUCUGUUACCAAUUGAUCAUAACUGUAACAAAAUUUGUGAUAUUUUAAGCUUAUUUUGAUUAAAACACAAAUUCCCAGAGUGUUCUUGUUAGCAGUAAAAAAAGCCAUUUAAGUGCGUGUGUGUGAUGGUGCAUACUGUCCUAUUACACUGUCCUUUUAGUGCUGAAAUCAGGACAGUUGAUAGCCAAUCAGAUUUGAGAAUUUUGUUACCGUUAUGAUAAAAGAUAAAAUUUGGUUAAAAUGGUCUCAACCUAGCCUGGUUUGAAGCAGGAAUUGCUGUGUCUCCCAGCCCUAGUUAUUCAUGAAUAUAAAUAAUAACAGGUAAUCUGAGUUUGGAGAAAUUGAUGAGUUUGAUGCAUUUAUUGAUUUAUUAAUUGAUAAUUAAUCUUAAAAAUUACAAGCUUUGCUCUCAGAAAAAUUGAAACGAUUCCAGUGCUGUGAACCUGUGAAAUCUAGGCUGCCCAGCAUAUCUAUGAGAAAAAACUAAGAUUUUUUAGUUACUUUGGAGCAAAAGUUAGUUACCAAGGUCCACCAAGCACUGCAAUAGCACAACCUUGAAUAUGACUGUUAAAGGUGAAAAGGACACUCAUGGUUAUCUGUGUCAAGGGGAAAACUGAUCACUACAGUGUAUCUGUGUGUUAUCCUUUCUAAAGCUUUAAAAAAUCUAUUCAAAGCAAUUGACGACUGAAACUUAAGUUCUCAUAAUUUUUAAUAAGCAACAAAUGUGAUAUAUUACACAGAGUAAAUCCUCAAUAUUAUUGGAAGACGGGCAUGUAUUUUUGCAGAUAAUUUAUUGUUUCUGAUUGCCCCAAAUCAGUGCAGAGUCAGCCUGAGAAAACAACAGACAUUCACAAUUCCACAGGGCUCUCAUUAAGAGGUGGGAGGCGGGGAUUUCCCCUGGUUUCUAAGAAUAUGGCCCCGGGCUACUUUCAUAGGAAAAUAGAAGAAAAAUAGAACCAAAAGAAAUCCCUAGCUGUUUGAUUCCCCACCUACUUGUUGUAUUUACCUGGCAACUUCAGAUCUUAGUGACAGCCCUGAAGGCAUCAAUGAUUUCCCCGCAAAAUGACAUCUUGGGAGAGAGUACAGAAAUUUCAUACUGAUGGUGUGUCAAUACCUGAUGUGAAUAGUGCUUCUAAUUGGCCAUGUGCAUGAUGGGGUCAUUUUACUACUUCUACCAGAAUCCUUCUGGGGUUUGCUUCCUUGUGCAAAUUAGGGCUUUUGCUGUAUAAGUAAUGAUCCGGUAAGGUGCAAAGUAAUUACUUUUGUUAUGUGGCAAUGUGCUUUCCCCACAUACGGGUGUAGAAGAAUGCGUAAACCUACAGAAAGGCCACGGGUUUACUGAAUAAAUGUCAGCUGUUCCCUCAGGCUAGUAAACAGACUGUGGAACAUUCCUUGGAAUCAAUAGUAGCUUGCCUGUAUUUUCACUUAUUUACAUUGUUUGUAGUGGUAAAAUCCCUGAUAUUGACUUUUGUAUCCCCCUAUUGUAGCUAAAUUCCUAUAAAUGUUUGCACUGCAAAUUGAGCUAUUUCAUUAGGUUACGAUUGUUAACUGUAAACCCUGAGAGUUUGCUUUGUAUAACCUUGAAAACGAGGGACGUACUUGCAGCAUGGUUCUUACAAUCUUGAAAAGGUCUUGAAUUUUAGUAAUUGUCGUGAAUAGUCCUUGAAUUUGGUUAAGGUCGUUGAAAAGUGCUUGAAUUCUUUAGUAGGUCUUUAAAAAUCCUUGAAAUCACUAUCUUGUCUAAAAACAUUUUGAAUUUUGUGCAUGAGCAAUAUCUUCUUCUGUUUCUUUAUUUUAAAUGCUGUUUCUGUACCUCAGAUGCAAUUGCAAGUCAUACCCAGACAUUUUACAAAGUGUUGUUGUGUAGAGUUGUACAGAAUAAUAUGAUCAACAAUGGCUGAAGAAAUAAAAAUCGCAAAUGACUCCAUGCACGUCUUAGCAGUAAUGUGUUCAAAAGGGGGUUAGAGAAUGCUGAUUUAUUGAAUAAAUCUUAGUCCUUGAAACAUGUAAUUUGUCCGUAAAAAAUCCUUGAAAUUUGUUUGUCUGGAGCUGAAUGAACCAUGUUGCAGCACUCUGCACGGGUGAAGUAACAAUAAUCAUGAUUUGCAGUACGGCAGAAGCUUUAUUCCAAGGUUAACUAUUUGUUCCCUCAUGUGAUUUUCCCUAUCUUGUUGUUAUAGGAUCUGGAGAUAGUGGGAGAGGAUCUUCAAAUUCAACAGGUGCAUCCCAGAAAGAACCGUCUGUGAUCAGUACAAGUGGUAAGUUUUUCCAUUAUCCUAAUGCAGUUGAACAACUCCACAACAGCCACCAUAGGAGAGAAGAAAGUGGCUGUCAUAAAGAGGUGGCCAUUGUGUAGAGAGGCUUACAGUCAGGGCAGGUCAAGAGUACCCCCCAAGAUGGUUGAAUCCAUUGGUAGUUGUAGCUUUCAGUUUCAUCUCUGCACUUCUGCAUACUUAAUAAGCAGUAAAUUCACACGCGAGGUAGUCAUGAAAUUUCUGCCAGCUCAGUUUUCUUGAAUUUUGAUGUAAAUCUCUUUUAAGUCCCAAUAGUGACCAAGAUCAAAUUUCUCCAAACAAUAUCCAUACACUGUCAAGAGAUAAGAAUUAAUAAAAUGAUCACACAAGAAAAAAUGCCUUGAUCUUUUAUCAAAUUCUCUCUACUAACUCUUAAAGGAAAUGUAUAGAGAUCAGUUUGGAGAAUUUGUAUGUUGAUACUGGGGCUUAAAGGGUUAAGACAAUUUUAACCAUUCAAAGAUAUUUCAAUCUGACCGAAUACAGAGGAGUUAUCGUGAAAAAGUUCACUGCUCAUUACGCAUGCAGGAAUGCGGAUUUAAAUUUGAGACUGGUUGUGGCAACAACUAAUGCACCUAUCAAUGUAAACCCAGUGGGGGCGGGGGGGGGGGAGUGUGGGCAAGGGGAUCUUAUUGGCCAUGUGCAUGAUGGGGUCAUUUUACUACUUCUACCAGAAUCCUUCUGGGGUUUGCUUCCUUGUGCAAAUUAGGGUUUUUGCUGUAUAAGUAAUGAUCCGGUAAGGUGCAAAGUAAUUACUUUUGUUAUGUGGCAAUGUGCUUUCCCCACAUACGGGUGUAGAAGAAUGCAUAAACCUACAGAAAGGCCACAGGUUUACUGAAUAAUUGUCAGCUGUUUCCUCAGGCUAGUAAAGAGACUGUGGAACAUUCCUUGGAAUCAAUAGUAGCUUGCCUGUAUUUUCACUAAUUUACAUUGUUUGUAGUGGUAAAAUCCCUGAUAUUGGCUUUUGUAUCCCCCUAUUGUAGCUAAAUUCCUAUAAAUGUUUGCACUGCAAAUUGAGCUAUUUCAUUAGGUUACGAUUGUUAACUGUAAACCCUGAGGGUCUGCUUUGAUGUAACCUUGAAAACGAGGGACGUACUUGCAGAUGGUUCGUACAAUCUUGAAAAGGUCUUGAAUUUUAGUAAUUGUUGUGAAAAGUCCUUGAAUUUGGUUAAGGUCGUUGAAAAGUACUUGAAUUCUUUAUUAGGUCUUGAAAAAUCCUUGAAAUCACUAUCUUGUCUAAAAACAUUUUGAAUUUUGUGCAUGAGCAAUAUCUUCUUAUGUUUCUUUAUUUAAAUGCUGUUUCUGUACCUCAGAUGCAAUUGCAAGUCAUACCCAGUCAUUUUACAAAGCGUUGUUGUGGAGAAAUGUACAGAAUAAUACGAUCAACAAUGGCUGAAGAAAUAAAAAUCGCAAAUGAUACCAUGCACGUCUUAGCAAUAAUGUGUUCAAAAGGGGGUUAGAGAAUGCUGAUUUAUUGAAUAAAUCUUAGUCCUUGAAACAUGUAAUUUGUCCUUAAAACAUCCUUGAAAUUUGUUUGUCUGGAGCUGUAUGAACCAUGUUGCUGCACUCUGUACGGGUGAAGUAACAAUAAUCAUGAUUUGAAGUACGGCAGAAGCUUUAACUUGAAAUCCCUUGGCCUGAAGAGGGUCUUUAUUCCAAGGUUAACUGUUUGUUCCCUCAUGUGAUUUUCCCUGUCUUGUUGUUAUAGGAUCUGGAGAUAGUGGGAGAGGAUCUUCAAGUUCAACAGGUGCAUCCCAGAAAGAACCGGCUGUGAACAGUGCAAGUGGUAAGUUUUUCCAUUAUCUUAAAGCAGUUGAACAUUUCCACAACAGCCACCAUGAGGAGAGAAGAAAGUGGCUGUCAUAAAGAGGUGGCCAUUGUGUAGAGAGGCUUACAGUCAGGGCAGGUCAAGAGUACCCCCCAAGAUGGUUGAAUCCAUUGGUAGUUGUAGCUUUCAGUUUCAUCUUUGCACCCCUGCAUACUUAAUAAGCAGUGAAUUCACACGCGAGGAAGUCAUGAAAUUUCUGCCAGCUCAGUUUUCUUGAAUUUGAUGUAAAUCUCGUCUAAGUCCCAAUAGUGACCAAGAUCAAAUUUCUCCAAACAAUAUCCAUACACUGUCGAGAGAUAAGAAUUAAUAAAAUGAUCACACAAGAGAAAAUGCCUUGAUCUUUUAUCAAAUUCUCUCUACUUAUUCUUUAAGGAAAUGUAUAGAGAUCAGUUUGAAGAAUUUGUAUGUUAAUACUGGGGCUUAAAGGGUUAAAAAGAUUUUUCAAUCUGACCGAAUACAGAGGAGUUAUCGUGAAAAAGUUCACUGCUCAUUACGCAUACAGGAAUGCAGAUUUGAAUUUGAGACUGGUUGUGGCAACAACUAAUGUAUUAAUUUUUCAAAUAAGCAAUUUAUUAAUGCAAUCUUGGAAGGAACGCUUGACCUGCCUUGAGUGUAAACAAGAGUUAGUUUAUAGAUUAUUUUUCUGUGAAGAGGUGGCCAUUAGUGGAGGUUUUACUGUACAACCUCAGGAGUUGUGUUUCCAGCUUGCAAAGAAAGUGGUGUCCGAUAGCCCGGGGCUAGUGGAUUUUGCUACUGGGCUAGUGAAUUCUGUUCUCAACUUGCCCGACAGGCAGGUAACAUUUUGGGGGGAAGUCAAAUUACAGAAGAACUGUAAUCAAUACCACUCAUUAAAAAAAAAAAAAUUGGGGGUCUAGUUAAAGUGUCUCUUGAGGUAGUACAUUCCAGCUACAGCCUGCCUGAUUGGCAAGCUGUAAAACUGACUUUCUUUGCACCCUGGGUGGGGCACUUCCUUAUAUGGCUGAAACAGGUGGAUGCCGCCAACAGGAUAUGGCUUUCAGGGUCUCAAGUUUUAAAGAGGGUAUCAGUGAUGUUGUUACAAAUAGUAGUGCUGAGUCACGGGACUCUUCUUGUGAAAAAUCGUGAGUCCCAGUCCAGAACCAUUAAGUCCCAGUUCAAGCAGUGAGCCCAAAAUUGAAAAUGUGUGGUCCUUUAUGUAACCAGACAGUUAAUCUGAAGACAGACUCCAAACUCUGCACUAUAGUAUACUGAAAUUAGAACAUAGUCCUUUUAUUUUAAAGUACAACGUAGGCUACAAGAAAUAUGCAUCAUUAAAUCAGACAACAGCCAUAAUAACUGCCACAGUAAUUACACGAACAGAAUAUUUCUACAAAAACACAUGUUCAGAUUGAUCGAUCUUUGCGUCCUACAGGAUGCACGCCAUGAAUUAUUUAGCGUCUUUGGGGAUUUUUAUGGGUCAGGCACACAGGAUGCAGAGGUAACAAAAUCACUGGGUUUGAAAUGUCUCUAUUUAGCAUUUCGAAUCCAAUUCAAAAUGCGUAAUAGAGAAAUAAGAGUGAGUAUAGUAAUAAGAAAAAUUAUUUUAUGGUUUAAAAAGGUUCUUACAAAAUCAUUUAAUGGUCAGCCAUGUAUCUUUUAUUGAUCUGGGUAAGUUAUUAAAAAGAAAUUCGCCUGAUUAUCUUAACAAUCAGGUUGUUUUUCUUAGCAUUAACUUUAGUUUGUUAAGUGAAUGUUGUUACUUCUGUAAUAAAUGCAAAAAGGAUUCCUCUCAGUUUAUAACCUAACUUAUGCAUUUGCAAAAAGAAAGAGUGAAAAAGACCAGGCUUGCCAAGAUUCAAACGCUGACAUCUGAGUCUGCAAAACUUGGUUUGCUAGCUCAAUUGGUUAGAGCUCUGUACCGGUAUCACAGAGGCCAGGGCUCUAAUCCCAGCAAGCCUGAUUUUUCCUUUUCAGGUUUUCUUUUUGCAGCUGCAUAAGUUGUGUUCGAAACUGUGAGGAUUGUCUUUGCAUUUAAUUCUUCAUUCCAUGGUACAAUGUAUGAAAUUCAUGUAUACAUUCCCUCAACUUCAUCUUGUCUCAUUAGUGUAAACUGUGCAAUUUUCUAAUGAAAUAAUCCAACAAAUAUAGAAAUACAGUUGACCCUCCACUAACGGCCACCUCUCCACAAUGGCCACCUCUCUACAACCAAACAGCCACUCCUUUUGGUGGACAGACCAUAAACCUCUUUACAAUGGCCACUUUCUUCUGUCCCCAAGGUGGCUGUUGUAAAGAGGUUCAACUGUGAUUCAUUUAGACAUUUAAAAUCUAAAAUGCAGUUGUGGGCUUCCCUCUGUGCUUCCAAAUCCACCCUCCUUCACAUAUUCUAUUGAUUUUUUGCUAGGCGCAGCAGCUUCAUCUUCCCAAAGUAAGCCAUCUACCUCUUCAAGUCCACCUCUGAUCAUACCAAAAAAGGCAACAAUCUACACUAAUGAAACCAGCAAGGCAGGAGGUUCUCCAUUACCCCUCUCUUCUGCUAAAGGUUCACCAUUAUACCUGGUUCCUGUGGAAAAACUUGCUCCCAAACUUGUUGAACAAUUCCUCAACCAAGCCAAAGGAGAUGGUGUCAAGACGCGGAGUUCUAGCAGCACUAAGAAACCUAAACAGGCAAAGCAAGGCUCUCAGGUGUUUGUCCUGAUUCCGCCAUCCAACCCCAGUGGGAGUCCUACCAUACAGACGCUGACUUCUGAAGAACAGCUGGAGGGUAGCGGGGAUAAGAAGCCACUGCUGUUGCUGCCGGCAGAUAAGGUGCCCAAAACUAUGGCCAGCCAGUCACCUACUGUGCGAAGAAAAAUGUUGAUUACAGUGAUGUCGUCACGUGAAAAUACAAGCACUGCACAGUCGGCUGCGAAGCAGAGCAUGACAACCACAAGUNGUCACCUACUGUGCGAAGAAAAAUGUUGAUUACAGUGAUGUCGUCACGUGAAAAUACAAGCACUGCACAGUCGGCUGCGAAGCAGAGCAUGACAACCACAAGUGCUUCUUCAGCAGGUGUGAGAUUAUAACAUUGUAUAUGUACCUUUUACGACAGUCCCAGCCAGAGCUAGUGUUCAAAGCUCAACUUUUUUAAAAGUCACGUCUUGGCAACCUAAAGUUAUAAAAUGAUAGCCAGACAGAAAAAUGAUAUUGGUCUUUUAUAUUAUAAAUUAUGCAUAUUGCAUGAAAGAUUUAAUGAAUCGAAAUGGUUGCCAAACCACUACAUCCAAAUGUUUGGCACAGCAAAUAAGAUCUUAACGCUUGUGUCUGGAUAUUAACACCCAGACACUCAUGCGAAAGAGGCAAAUUGAGAAAAAAAACUAGAGUGUAAUAACUGUAAACAGUAUUCAUCCAAAUGUUUAUCAUGCUCUUGCACAAGAAGGACCAUAAACUCUAACUAUUUAAAACACUAUUGUUUUGCAGCAUUAAUGAAAAACACAGGUUGUCAAGUUAGUGGCUUUUGCUGCAGUUAAUAUUUUUAGUCAUUAUUUUUCUUUUCUACUAGCCAUAGGGACAAAAAAUAGUUGCAGCUUGGAGUGCUUUGAGCAUUAGGUGAAUUUUUUUCUGGGUAAUCCAGGGUUUAAAACCCUCAGGCAUGCCUGUAAAUUAUAGUCAUCUGGUUGCUUCCUGCCAGUUCACAGUUGUUGAUCCUGUUACUUACAUUUGUAAUUUUUUUUUUUUAAAGUAUUCAAGUUAGGCUCAGUUCAAACUUCCAAACUUUUCAUACGCCACUUCCACAUUUCCCAUAGUACACCUUAUUUGCCCCCCAAAAUUUUGCAGAAACUUUGUUUUUCAUUUCUCCUGAGUAUUACAGCAGUCCCAAGAGAAAUUGAAAACAAUGCUUAUGCAAAGUUGUGGGGGGCAAAUAAUGUGCAUUAUGGGAAAUGUGGAAACAGCGUAAUCCCCACAAAGAAGUACAUGAAAAGAUCAACGUUUGAAUCGAUUAAGUCUCACAUAUCUAAUUUGGGUCGACCCAUGAAUUUAGUUGGAGUUGCCCACAUGGGAAUUUUAACAAAGGAGCGACUUUGUUUCACAUAUUAAGCCUUUCAUGAGCCAAACCAAAUUUGCAUAAAUUAUUGUAAUUUAUUUUCACUGGUAAACAUUUUAGACCAUUGUACAUUGUGAAAAUGAAUUGAAUUGAAUUAAGUUCAACGUCUGAAUCAACCUCUGAACUUGUAUCAUUUGGGUUGACCCAAAUUGCUAUUAAGUUCAACACAUAAAAAGUCAACGUUUGAACAGUGCCUUGAGUUCCUCUAAAUAACUAGAGCAUCUAAUUGCACUUGCUCUAUAAACAAAGCUUCAUAUUUUACAUUGUUAUUUCGCAGAAUUUAGAAUUUGUUUCUGCAAAGUUGACACCAGUUUGUUAAAACAGUGAAGGUUCCCUUUAGAAUCACAUUCCUGUGGCAGAAUUAGCCCCAUUCAGUAGAGCACUUGACUGUAGAGUGGGAGGUCAAAGGUUGGAUUCUCGGGCCUGGACCAAUACUCAGGGUCUUGAAAUAACUGAGAAAUAAAGGCAUUGCAUUUCUGAUUUGCCUUUCAAAUGGCAAGACCUUGCAUGGCCUGGAUGGAUAAAAUGGCACUCCCGUCUCCAGUGGGUGACAAAAAAUAGUGUCGCCAAUAAUCAGUACUUUUGUGCUAAAUAAAUUUACACUGAAAAAAGUGCUUCUUUUUUUGUUCCUAAUUUACCUGUGAAAUAAUUCUGUUCAUUGCAUUGUGUAGGAGAUCAACAGAGGCCUGAUUCCGCUGUGCAGUCAAUUACUUCACCAAUCAUGAGUACACAGGAAAGUGACAGCAACACAGGUACAACAGCAACUCUUGGGUCGUUUCUCCAUUGUUGUCCACAAGGAGUAGGCCUACCUCCUAGUGGUCUAUGUUCACAGUUCUCAAAUCACAGACAACAAUUAUUGUGAAGUCGAGACCCAAGAAGUCGGUUUCUAAGAAGUCGGGAGGAUACCACAGGUCACCCAAGCUCUGUGCCUGACGAGGUUAAUCAAAGUCAAGGGAAAAGUUCAGAAGAUGCUGAGCCUGAGUUGAAAGAGUCCACUGAAAGAACAGAAUCAGCUGCUUUAUCUUCUGGAGACACUAACACACCCACUGACCCAUGUGGAAAAACUCAGGCUAGCGGUACUACUGUGAGCGCAGAUUCAAUGGACAGUGAGAAGACUGGUGGGUUGGAUUUCCUAAGAUCAAGCUUAUUACCCAGCGAUAUGACGUUAGAUCAUCUUCUCAAGGACAUGACAGGCAAUGGUUCAGGUGGUGAAGCCAGUGCCAUGUCGCCUCUCGAUAUAUCUGAAGUCAUAAGUAGUUUUGGAGAGUUGCCGGAUGAGUCCAGUGCUACGGUCACUGAUGAUACUGUAACCACCACAGUGCAAGGUGCAGCCUGUGACUCUGAUACCGAGACCAGAAGCAGUAGCCAGGGUAGCACUGUUGGUGAUGAUAAUAACCUCGCUACUAGGAGACAGUCUCCCAGGCGGGGACCUUCUGCCACCAAGUUAACACCAGUGAGUUCUUUAGCAGAAACUUCAUCUCCCAAUACAUCAGGUACGUUUAAACUUGAACCUGUAGGUUUAGAGGACUUAAAUUCCCACCCCUCAACCCCCACUCCCCACUGAGGGAAUGGAUGUCAGUUUGUUUAUCCAUAACCCCGCACUGAGUUUUACGAAAGAAGCCUUUGUUAUAGUGGUGGUGUGCUGUGGAACAGCUUGCCUUUGGAGGUCAGACAAUCGACAUUCAUGUAUGUUAAAGAAGCUCAAUUUUGAUAGUGAUUAUUACUUAAUAAUUCAAUAGUUUUGUGUAAUUUAACACAUGGCUUUCUUAUAAUAGAAUGUAAUUGUACCUGAAGGAGUUACAGUGUUUAUAUAAAGUUUACCUUGCCCUCCCCUCUCUAAUCAGUCCCCCCUUUUUUCAGAGGAAAAAGGUUCAGCCCUCUCCCUUCCCCCACCCCCACCCCCCUUUCCUUACUGAAUGUUCUUCACAAUCAAAUUAAUAAUGAUAGACUGUAUAUUUAAUUAAUCCCCACUUAAUUACUUCAUGCGAACUGCUCCGGUAAGGUUUACUGGUAGUUGGAUUUUUUUUUUCAUUUUUGGCUGCAUGACCUCCAGCUUCAUGUGCUUCAACUUUUCCGCUUUGCUUUCUUGUUUGUUAUUGAGGAUUGAUUUCAUGUUCUGGUCGUUUGAUUAAUAGCAGUAUAGCGCCCGGUUUCGCUUUUGAGGAUCCAGCUUAAAGCACUCCCCAUAGGCUUACCUAGUUCAAGUUCAAAAAGUUCAACAUAACAAAGGGAAAAAAGUGCAAGGCAGCCAAAGGAGCCGAGCUUUCGAGUUGGCUACCACCACAGAGUGGUUACAAGUGGGUGGAGGUUAUACUCUCCACCCGUCAUCUUUAUCAUCACUCCAUCAUUGUCCUAUUAUUUUCCUUUUAUUUUUUUUCUUUUGUUUUUCUUAACACCAAGCUGUAAAUUUGGUUUGCUUGUUAUGGGUGGGGCUUAUACAUAGGCUCAGGGUAAAUCAUGAAUUGAACCAAGUCCCUUGUUUCUUUCAGAAGCAUCAGACAACGAAGAUGGAAGCCCCCCGAGAAAACGUCGAAAAACCCCAACAAGAUCCUCUGUGCGUUCCUCCACCCAAGUCACCUUCGUCCCUGAUAAAGAUGUCGCCGGUAAAGCGUUAACAUCAAAGCCAAAGGCACGAAAAUAGUUUUUUUCUCUUGUUUACUUUUCUGCGUAGUAACAGAAAUGACAUUUAUUCAUUUUUGCUAAACAAAACAUUACUACAGCUCUCUGUUCAUCCUUGGUUAAAAAAAAGCUAGUAACAACAUUUGGCUGUCAAGUGUAUUUAAUCUCCAAAGGGUUUCUUCUUUGAAAUACCUUAAUUUUGGGACCUACGUGUCCUGUAUUGUUUUGUCUCAACAUUCGUAUCAUAAUAGCAGUUUUAGUGAGGACAAAAGUUUCCUUUGUGGCUUAAUGUGUAUCGCAGAAGAAAGCAUAAAAAUUACGACAAAUAUAUAAGUAUGUUUACAUCUAAUUAUUUCUAAUCACAAGGCUUUGCUAGGAUUAUAAUUGAAUUUUAAACCUUUUACUCAUAUACGCAGUACAGUUUUUUUUUGCGCUUGUAAGUCGUUAGGCUAUACGUUGCACUACUUGAUGUUUCAAAAGUCUCGUUUCUAGUUUCUGUCGAAGAUUUGAAGAAUUAGACCACCUUCGUACUUGUUUCGUUGUUGAAAUACUGCAUGUAAAACUGAGCUCCUGUAAAAAUUCGUCUAUUUGAAGUGUUAAAUCCACCAGAAUCCACUUGUUUUGCGCGCGUGUAGGGAGUUGACUUGUUAUUAAUUACCUUCCUCCAGACUUUCUUACAGAGAAAGGAGGAGAAAAAAAAAUAGAAAUAUUUUAAAUUCUAAUUAGGGUUUUUGAUAUGGGGCGAGGCUAGAAGGCAAUUGUUAGCCACUAUCUAUUGAGCAACAGACUGACAGUGAUUAUAUGGUAUUGUUUGGGGCAACUUUUUUUAGUAACGACCGCAUUAAACUUGUAUUUCCAUAUUGUAGACCACUGAGAUAUAUUUAUCCUUAGCGAUGCGGUUGGUAGCUUAAUCACCGUUUAAGAGAAAUUUUGGAGCAUAUGU